GAUGAACUGAAUCUUCUUCCUUUCAGUUUCCUCGCUUCCCCGACGGCCAACUAAACCGAUAAAAGUGAAUUUCUACUAGUACUACGAUGAUAAACUUGUUCUUGUCUGAACCCAAGUGGGACAAUGAUGCACACAACAACAGUAGCAUUAACACCGAUGUGAUUUUACCUCAGUUGAAUAAACUAGCCUCUCAAAUUCAAUCAUUAGUCACUCAUGAAGCUCGAUCAGAAGCUAAACUCUGGCUCUGCAGUGCCCUCUCCACUCUCUCUAUAUCCCCUAGAAGACAACUCAAUCUUUUCAUGAAGUUACUUAGAUCAAAACCAAGAAAGAAGCAGUUUAUCUCUCAGCUCCUCCAACUAAUGUUUGAAAAAAGACCAAAGAAGCUUGGAUCUGUAUUAGCUAAAAGAAGUUAUCUACUAGAGAAGUUCUUUGAAGAGAAUCCAAAGCGUAUACUAGAGUGGUUCUCUGAGUUUGCUUUUGAUGGUGGCUCUGAUCAUAAACGUGGUGCAAAGGCGUUAGCACAGUUUGCAUUUGCAAACAGAGAUAUCUGCUGGGAGGAGCUUGAGUGGAGAGGCAAACACGGACAGUCUCCUGCUGUUGUUGCUACCAAGCCUCAUUACCUUCUUGAUCUCGACGUCCAGCGAACCGUUGAGAAUUUUUUAGAUAAUGUUCCUGACUUCUGGUCGUCCAACGAGUUUGCUGAGUCGCUCAGAGACGGGCAGAUUCUGUGCCUUGAUACUAAGUUCUUUCUUGAUCUUUUUAUCCGUUUCAUGUAUGAAGAUGAUAUGAACGAUGUGUGGGAUGCUGUGGAGGAGUUUCUUACCGAGGAGUCUUUCUCUUCUUUGACUCAGCAUUUGCUUAUCACUCUUGAGGAACGUGACUUGUGUCGGUUUCUUGAGUUGCUUGGGGAUUGUUUUGAUUCGAGAAUUGAGUCUUGGGAUGUUGUUGGUGAUUCGGGUUCCUGGCUUGGGGUUGUUGUGUCGAGAUUUGGUGAUGCAGAAUCUAUUGAUGAGUUGCUGUUGUUGAAUUCUGUUAUUAACCAAGGUCGUCAGCUACUACGGCUUGUACGUGAGGAGAAUGGGGAUGAUGAGGGGGAGAGUUUGAAAGAAGCUAUUGUAGAUGUAUGUAGAGGUUUGGAGAACGGGAAUAGCUUUUCUUUGAUUCUGAGAGAGGUUUCGAAGAUGAAACACAGAGAGGUGAUCAGGAUACUGGGGAUACUUUCUUGGACUAUUCAGUUCAGGUUAUCGGAGGAAUGUCAGAGUUCAGAUUCAUGGGAGUGUCUGUUUAGAAAAAAUGGGAUUGAGUUCCGUAGGUCGAGUGACCACUCGUUGGUGAGUCAUAACGGAUUUUCUGAAGAAAGCGAAUCUGAUUCUGAUGUUGGAAGACGUGUUUCUAAAAAGAGGCACAAGAAGGGGAAGAAGAAGAAAAAUGCUAAGAAAAAGAAGAGAGCUAUUGAUGAUGAGGAUGAGGAUGAUCUUCUCAUUGGUGAUGAGCUUUUAGGUCUGAAUCAAAUUAGUAGAAGUUGGUUGCUAUCUACUGAUGGGUUUUCUGCAACAUGGACCAGUGUGGAUUUACCGGAACACAUUGCAAGAUAUUGUUUAUCCAGAUGGAUGAAGUGGUUUCUAGCUGGGCAAAAAUGAUUCACAACUCAGAUGACGAAGUGGUAUCCUACAAUAGGUCCAGAACUGCAGAACUCUAUACACAUGUUCAUUAAGAAGUUCGUUACUCAUUAGGAGCUUUGUUGAAGAUAUUACAAAUGAAAAGCUGGGGAAGAGUGUUAAUGGCAAUAGCAAAUCCUCUCUUAGGUCGGUCUAACACUAAGAAAUGUUGAAGCAGGCAAAUAUAGCUCAAGAGGCAAGACUCUGAAAUUGCAUCAGGAUAUCUCAGUUAAGGCUAGUGUAACUUCAGCCACCAACUCUUUAGUGCACAUGUUCAUCUCGUGAUUUCCUUCAAAGCAAAGCAGUUCAUUUAAUUUUAGCUGAUGGAUAAGUACUACUCCAAUUUUGUGACUAAUCAUUUGAAUAACCUAAUAAAGUAAGUCAUAAUCCGU